UCCAACAACAAUCAAAUGUCUGCUAAACAAGAGCUAAAAAUGGCAGAGGGUGCCGUCUCAUUUGUUAUUGGAAAACUGGGUUUGCUAAUAUCACAGGAAGGUAGUUUCCUUGGUAGAGUUAAAACGCAAAUCAUGUCUCUUCGUGAAGAACUUGAGUGGAUUAGCUCUUUCCUAAGAGAUGCUGAUGAAAAGCGCAGAAGAAAUGAAUGGGUGAACGUAUGGGUGAACCAAGUCAGCAAUCUAGCUUUUGAUGCAGAGGUUAUUAAUGAUUUGUUCAUUUUUGAAGUCCAGCAACAACGGCAAAGAAAUAUCGGUCUGAGGUGUAUGGGUUAUCCCAAACAUCUUUUUACUCUCCACAAGUUUGGAAAUCAAAUCGAGGACAUCAAAAGAAGGAUUGGAGAGAUUUCAGCUAACAGAUCCAAGUAUGGGACCGAAACCUUAGAAACUGGAGGAGGAACUUCGUCUCGUUUGAAUGAUGGCAUAGCAUGGAAGUUAAGGAGAGCUUCUAUGGAAGAGGAAGUUGAUGUUGUUGGCUUUGACCAAGAUAUUGAGACACUAGCGAAGCUUCUGAUAAAACAAGACCACCCCCAGGCCCGGCAGCUUCUUGUUGUUUCCAUAGUUGGUAUGGGUGGUUCAGGUAAGACCACUUUGGCUAGAUCUAUUUAUAAUAAGAGUUAUGUCAAGAACACUUUUGAUUCGUAUGCAUGGAUUUAUGUCUCCCAAGAAUACAGAAUAAAAGAUCUUCUGUUUGAGGUCAUAACACAAGUUAUGAUGCCAACGGAGAAGGAGAAGAAGAAGUUAAAAGAGAAGAAUGAAGAUGAGCUGAGGGAGAAGCUCUCUAAUGACUUGAAAGAAAGGAGAUGUCUAUUUGUCGAUGAUGUAUGGAAGAUGGAAGAUUGGGAUAUAUUAAAGAUGGCAUUUCUAUCUCACUACGAUGAGAGGAAGCAACAACGAGUGUUACUUACCACUCGUAAAGUAGAAGUAGCCAAAUAUGCUGACCCAUCAACUGAUCCACGUGAACUCAAUGCUCUGGGUGAUGAGGAGAGUUUUGAACUCUUCUCAAAGAAGGUCUUCCUGUCUCAAUCGGGAAGUGAUUAGCAAAGAAGCUACUCCGAAGACUUGAAAGAUCUUGCAAGGCAAUUUGUUGCCAAAUGCCAUGGAUUACCUCUUGCGAUUAUGGUAUUGGGAGGUCUCUUGUCAACAAAGGACAAGACAUGUGAUGUGUGGUCCAAAGUAUUGCCACAUGAAUGCAUGGACAUAUUAGCUCUGAGUUAUACAGACUUACCAUAUUACUUGAAAUCUUGUUUUCUCUAUUUUGGUCUUUUCCCAGAAGACCAUGAGAUCUUGUGUUCUAAAUUAAUUCGGUUAUGGGUUGCGGAGGAAUUUAUAGGACAGAGAGGAGAUGAAACUCUAGAAGAUGUUGGGGAGGAUUACCUAGAUGAAUUGAUCGAUAGGAGCAUGAUCCAAGCAGUGCGUAGGAGAGCCAAUGGAGGUGUUGAGUUAUGUCGUAUCCAUGAUCUCUUGCGGGACUAAGCAGUUUCAGAAUCCAAGAAAGAUAGGCUUCUCAAAAUCUAUGCGAGUGACAUUAAUUCCACUUCUCUAAACAGAUUCCCCUGGCUUGCGAUCGAUCAAAAAGAAAAAGAGAGCCCACAGGAAGCAGAGAUAAAAGGGCAACAGGGGCUUGACAGAGCAAUGCAGAUAGGAAGCGUGCACAUAGUCUCAGGAGCUAAUGAACUAGUUGAAGGUGGCUGUGGGGAAUUUUUAUUGAUUUGAUUCAUGCAGUCUAUUGGAACAAUUUAUGUCUCUGAACAAUAUUAAAUAGGAUUGGUUUUUAUAUGGGUGUGGCAGCUAUAUUAGCAAAACAUGCUAUUAUGAUGAGUAAUUAAGCAGUGUGGAAUUCUCUUUGAA